UCAUCCUACAAAAAUGUCCAAACUUCUCUUUCUCACAAUCACAAACUCAUUCCACACACACUCUCUUCUCCAAAAAUGUCUUCCUUCUCAGUACGUUUCCUCACUCCACCAUCCAUCACUCGUCCAAAAACAUGGCUACUAUCUGCUGCAACUCCAUCAGUUGCACCUGUUUCAACACCACAAGUUGAUUCAUCAAGGUUGGAGCCUAGAGUUGAGGAAAAAGAUGGUUAUUGGGUUUUGAAGGAAGAGUAUAGAGGAGGUAUUAAUCCUCAGGAGAAAGUUAAGAUUCAGAAAGAACCUAUGAAGCUUUUUAUGGAAGGUGGGAUUAAUGAUUUGGCUAAUAUGUCUCUUGAAGAGAUUGAAAGCUCUAAGCUUACUAAAGAUGAUAUUGAUGUUAGACUCAAAUGGCUUGGUCUUUUUCAUAGGAGGAAACAUCAUUAUGGUAGAUUUAUGAUGAGACUAAAACUUCCAAAUGGGGUAACAACAAGUGCUCAAACAAGAUACUUGGCGAGUGUGAUAAAAAAAUAUGGCAAAGAUGGAUGUGCUGAUGUGACAACAAGACAGAAUUGGCAAAUUCGAGGUGUAACAUUACCUGAUGUCCCUGAAAUUCUUAAGGGCCUUGCAGAGGUUGGCUUGACAAGUCUGCAGAGUGGAAUGGACAAUGUUAGAAACCCUGUUGGUAACCCUCUUGCUGGUAUUGAUCCUGAUGAGAUUGUUGAUACAAGACCUUACACCAAUUUGUUGUCCCAAUUCAUCACUGCUAAUUCACUUGGUAAUCCAACCAUUACAAACUUGCCAAGGAAAUGGAAUGUAUGUGUGAUAGGUUCCCAUGAUCUUUUCGAGCAUCCACAUAUUAAUGAUCUUGCUUACAUGCCUGCUAAUAAGGAUGGUCGAUUCGGAUUCAACUUAUUGGUGGGUGGUUUCUUUAGUCCCAAGCGAUGUGCUGAAGCAGUUCCACUUGAUGCUUGGGUCUCUGCAGAUGAUGUUAUCCCACUUUGUAAAGCUGUUCUUGAGACCUAUAGAGACCUCGGCACCAGAGGCAAUAGACAGAAAACCAGAAUGAUGUGGUUGAUCGAUGAACUUGGGAUAGAAGUAUUCAGAUCAGAGGUGGAAAAAAGAAUGCCAGAGAAGAAGCUAGAGAGAGCAUCCAAAGAAGAACUUGUUCAAAAACAAUGGGAAAGAAGAGACAUCUUAGGUGUUCAUCCACAAAAACAAGAAGGUUUAAGCUAUGUUGGAAUUCACGUUCCAGUUGGUAGAAUCCAAGCAGAUGAGAUGGAUGAGCUAGCUCGUAUCGCCGACGAAUACGGCACCGGAGAACUACGGCUAACCGUAGAGCAAAACAUAAUAAUUCCAAAUGUAGAAAACUCAAAACUUGAGGCAUUGCUAAAUGAACCUCUCUUGAAAGACAAAUUCUCACCAGAACCUUCUAUCCUAAUGAAAACACUUGUGGCAUGCACUGGUAACCAAUUUUGUGGCCAAGCAAUAAUUGAAACAAAACAAAGAGCUUUAAAAGUAACUGAAGAAGUUGAGAGACAUGUGGCUGUGAGCAAACCAGUGAGAAUGCAUUGGACUGGUUGUCCUAACACAUGUGGUCAAGUUCAGGUUGCUGAUAUUGGUUUUAUGGGAUGCAUGGCUAGGGAUGAAAAUGGUAAGGCUACUGAAGGUGUUGAUAUUUUCCUUGGUGGGAGAAUUGGAAGUGAUUCUCAUUUAGCUGAGGUGUAUAAGAAAGCUGUCCCUUGCAAGGACUUGGUGCCUAUUGUAGCUGACAUUUUGGUUAAAUAUUUUGGAGCUGUCCAAAGGAAUAGAGAAGAAGGGGAUGAUUAAAGUAUAUAGGUAUUUGGUGAUUUUAAUUGCCUCUACAUAAAUUAUUAGUGUUCUGUCCAAAUAUAUAGUCACAAGGGAUAAUUGAGAUUGAGAUGCAGCACACAUGAACUUGUACAUUUGGAUAAGUCAUUUUCAUUGCUAUUUUAUAAGUUACACUUUGAAAUUUUGUAAUAAAUUUUAUUUUAUUUCAAGUAAAAUUUAAUUAUUUAAUAA